AUCAUUUCAGGCAAAGUGAACAAGAAUAUCUGAGUCAUUACAUCAGGCACCUGUGUUAGGAAAUUGGGCUGCAAUAAUUCACCAUGGCUUAUGGCUUGCAAAGAAAGAAUGGAGUAGAAAAGCUUUUGCGGUGCAAUUGUUAUAAAGUACAGGAACCCUGGGAACUUGCACUACUCACACAGACGUGGUACACGAAACUAGCCAACAUCAAGUUGCCUUUCUUGGAAGAAAUUGCAUUUGGUAGCUGUGUACACCUCAAAAAAUGCAAAACCAUUAAGGAUGGUCUGCUCCCUUCAGCAGAAUCCAUCCAAUGUGAAAGGGAGUAUGAAAUGAAGCGCUUGAAUAACCUGAAGUGUCAGGAAAAUGCAGCUAAGAAAAUUCAAUUUUCCCUAAGGGAAAGGCCAAUUGGUUUGAGAAGACCUCUUCCACCUAAGUGACUGUCAUCUCAUAGUUGAAUCUGUUCUCUGUGGGUUUUGCAUCCAAAGAGGAUGAAGGACUCUGACCUUUCCCUGUGUGCAGUCGGAUGCAUUCAUCUGAAUGCCCCCUGGUGGAUGAGUCAGCUCCUGUGGGUUAUGGACAGCUCUUAGCCAACACCUCUUAGCUGACAGCUCUCAAAGAUCUGUUUUCCAGCUACGUAUUUGUACCGUUGUAUCACAGACAACAGCACUGUAAGUAGAUGAAAAUGUUGCUGGCAUUGAGUCACUUGUGCUAUUCAUUUUGAUUUUUGUAAAACUGCACCAAGGUAAGGAGAAACUCCUUGUCAGAGGCAUUGCCCCCUGCCCCCAAGAGACAUUAUUUUGAAGAAUAUUUUGAAUUUUCAUCUUUGAGACCCCCAAGGAGCUGCCAAAG